CUAUUGCUAUCUACAAUUGGACCAUUCCACAAAUUAAAAAGUGUAGGCUAUAUGAUGGUGGUGACUUGCACUUGUGACUUCAAAUCAAUAAUCAAUUGAAGACAAGCUUACAUAUUGUACAUUCACCACUUAUAAAAUCAUGCAGAUACAGGUCCAAAGCUUCCUGUUUGCCUCAAAUAUCAGAAUGGGGAGAUAACGUGAUCUCGGUGACUUUGACCAUGGCACAGAAUGGUGUGGAAAAACAGAAAACAUCCAGUGAGCAGCAGUUCUGCAGGCAGAAACUUCGGGCCUUGUGGACGAGAGAGGUCAACGGAGAAUGGCCAGACUGGUUUGAGCUGACAGGAAGGCUACGGUAACACAAAUAGCCAAUCUGUACAACCAUGGUGAGCAGAAAAGCAUUUCAGAAUGCACAAUACCUUGAACCUUGAGGCGGAUGAGCUACAACAGUAGAAGACCACGUCAGAUUCCAUUCCUCUUAGCCAAGAACAGGGAUCUGAGGAGACAGUAGGCACAGGCUCACUUGAAGAGUGAAAAAGUGUCGCCUGGUCUUAAUGAUUUAAAUGAUCAAUUUUAAUCUGAAAGCCUAAAACAGUAGAGCUCAAACAUAUGCCUCUCUUUUAUUUAUUUAUUUUAAUUUUCUGCUACAGGAAAGUAGGGAGGAAGUGUGCACAAAUGAUAGUAGGUUAUUAAUAACUUUUAAAUGAUUUCUAACAAACUCAGUAUCACUAUAACUCAGCUCUAGCAUUUGUCCACAAACAGGAAUGAAUCCUGGAUUAAUGCACUGGAUUCUCCUAUAAUUGUCCUACAACUUUAUAAACUCUUAACAAACUGUCAAAUUUGCAAAAGUUUUGAGUCGAACGGUGCCAUUGCACAAAUAAUUUGGGGCUUUAAUUUUGAAAUCGCAAGCGUCAUUUCCUGCUGCAGCAGUUUAGAGCACCCUACCAUCAUGUCUCUUGCACUGAAAUGUGUCUAUAUAAAAGCACGAAGUGUUAGUUUUUAGUCAGGUAAUGUAGCUGUGUGAACUGUUGACAGGUUAUAGAAGUAAAAACGGACUGUGUGAGACAUGUGGCGACUCAAAGCAGUGCGACACAAAUCUAGUGUCUCUGUUAAAGAUUUGGAGGAGUUUAAGCAGAAGAGAAGAGAACAUGAAAAAGGUAUGUGGUGUUUUUCUUUUUCUUUUUUUUGGUAUUGUUUAAAUACAAGCAUGCAUAGAGUAUCUGUGUAUAUUAUGCUUCUGUUGUUGCUCCUCAACCCCUGUGUAGUCCUGAGACAGGCCAGGAGAGACAGACAGCUGGUCAGUAAGAGGCUUCUGCUGAAUGAAGAAGAGCAGGAGAAAGAGCUGAUGGAAACAAACUGUGCUCCUCUUUCUCAAGACCAGAUUCGGGAGAUGUUACACAAUGUGCAGCAUGGUGGAGAAGAGAAAGCUGCUCAUCUGGCUAUGCUGAGAAAGGCACUCAGAGACCCUCAAACUCACCUCAUCUUCACUAAACUGGAGAACAGCAUGUAUGUGCUGGUUGGGCAGCUCAGCGGACACAAUGCUCAGUGCCAGCUGGAGGCAGUGUGGUGUCUUUAUGAGCUCUCUAGCUCUUCUCACCCUGGUGUGGGGCAGUCGUGCUUGUCUGCAACUCCAUAUCUUCUCACAUAUCUCUCCAGCCCGAGUGCCAAACUCACAGAGCUUUGCCUGUACACAUUAGGGAACCUGUGGCCGGAUGGUGCUGUAGUAAAAGAGAAGCUGCUGGUCCAGGGGAUGGUGCCUGCUCUGGCUAACUGCAUUCAGAAUCAGAGAUGUAACUUGGCGGUGAUGGAGGCAGUGGGCUUUACAUUGUCUCAGCUGCUUCAGGAUAAUGAUGCUGCAGACAAAGUUAUUCCGAUGGUCAUGACCUCUGGUUUGGUUCCUCAUUUGAUUUCACUUCUGACUCCAGAUCCAGAGUUUGGUAUGGGAGCCGCCAUCGAAUGUGCCUGGUGUUUACAUUAUAUAAUAUCACGUAUUACUGAUACCUCCACGUUGAUAACUGAAGGACUCCUCUCACAGUGCAGUAACCUUCUGAUUACACUAGGAGGGGCUGUUGCUAAAGGACGCACUGACGACUGUGUAGAAUUGCUGAUCUGGCCCCUGCUGCGCUGCCUGGGUAAUAUGUUGGCCAGCGGGGUGCGUGAGCCUGCAGGAUGCUCAGCGGGCGUAGAGGAUGUCCGUCUCUUAGCUGCUCUAUGUGUGUUCAGCCAGACGUACCUAACCUCCCACUGCGCUCUGAGCAGGGAGAGCCUGUGGGUCCUCAACAACCUCACAGCUGGUUCACUCGUGCUUUGUUCAGCUGUGCUGUUCUUGAAGAUGGUACCAGAUCUUCUGCAGCUUUUACCCUUUUCUAAUGGAAUCAAUACCAUGGUGCUAAGGGUUCUGGGUAAUGUUGCCCAUAAUGGUCCUGGAUACUGUAUUCAGCUGACGCAAGCAGGUCUGCUCUCUGUCCUCUGUGCCACACUCAAAAUGGCUGAUCCAGACAUAGUAACGCUGAGCCUGGAGGUGCUGCAUUUGCUCACUGCUAGUAGCCCACAGAUAGCUGAAGAGUUUAUCAGGCUGGAUGGCAUUCCUCUACUAGAAGCAAUUCAAUAUAACAGUGAAGAAGCGCAACGUCUUAGAGCAUCUUGCAUCUUAGACUACUACUUGCAUGCUCACUAAAUGGUUAGUACAGCCAUUUAGUACUGUGAUAAGGUCAUUAGUAUACAGUCAGCAUGUGUACAUGAGAGAAACACAUAAGUCUAUGGACAUGCAGUCCAAUCCAAAACUAUUGGAACAGCAAGGCCAGUUCAUUUGUUUUUGCUGUGAACCGAAGGCAUUUUGGUUUGAGUUCCAAAUAUUAAUAUGAGAAGAGAGUUUCGAAUUUCAGCGUUUAUUCCCUGGUCUUUAUAUGUAGACGUGUUAAACGACAUAGAACAUAGCACAUUUUAUAUCCGACCACCCAAUUUGUAGGCGAGCAAAAAUAUUGGAACAUGUGACGAACAUGUGUUUCUUGUUACCCGGAUGCAUCCUGUUAGAUAGAUUGUUUAAACAGUAAACAGCUCUGAACAUCUGCUCAUAGUUUUCGCUGUCAGUUUCACCUGUGAAGACCGCAUAUCUUGUUAAUAAGGAUAAGCCAACAUGAAGACCAGAGAGCUAUCUAUGGGAGUAAAGCAAGCCGUUUUGAAGCUGAGAAAAGAGGCAUUGCACAAACAAACCCAAAAACAAGUCAGCGACAUCAACAACAACCUUCACAGAGCAGGGGUGAAGGUAUCAAAGAAUCCACCAUUCGAAGAAGAUUUUGAGAGCAGAAAUAUAGAGGCCGUACCACAAGAUGCAAACCACUCAUCAGCAGUAAGAAUCGGAAAGGCCAGAUUGGAAUUCACAAAGAAGUACAGAGAUGAGCCACUUCAAGACUUGCUAUACAUUUGCUCGCCUAGAAAUUGGGCGGUCUGAUACAAAAGGUUCUAUGUUUUAUGUUGUUUAACACAUCUAGAUCUAACUGAAAUCCUUCACUCUCGUUUCAUGUCUAUCUUUUGAUAUCAAACCCAAGUGUCUUGUACAGUGUGCACACACAAAAAGAUCUUGGUCUUACUAUUCCAGUAGUUUCAGAGGGGACAGUAUAGAGAUGUGCUGGUUAAUUAUCUGUUGUCUUUUUUUUCCCCCUUGAUACAGUUUUGCAUCACCAAAUCAAUUUGUUGAACAGUAGUCCAUGCAGCCUUAUUGAAAGCAUACCCAGUUACAGACCGAUAUGUGUAAUAAUAUAAUAUAAUAUGUGUAGCCAUGUUGGCCCUCACUAUACAGCACAAUGUUGUACCAAUGGACAAAAUGACAAAGAGCCAACGUUGGCCCAGCGGCAGUUUGCUACUCGGGUAAUGUCCUCACUGCUGCGUUGUUGCAAGCCGGUAUUUGGGUCAAUUUGGAAACUUAAGUCUCAUCCCAAAGCAGUUGUCAGUAUGCAUUUUUAACAUUUAUUAUACAGGUCCCUCAUGACUGAUGUGAUGACAACCAUUCACGACCUGCACACCUUAGAGGUUUAAAGAUAGGACAAUAUAUAAAUAUUUUUACAUUUGUACUGUUUUAUUUGAUGUAUUAUUGUAUUACGUCUUACUAAUGUAUAUCUUGCAUAUUUUCCAAAACAUUUUGUAAAUAAAGGUUUUUACGUUCGCACGUAUACAAUGUCUAAGACUCGGAUGAUGGUUGAAGAGGCAGCAAUACAGGAGAAAGUGGAACUGACGUUUAGGACUUUUAUUUUGAAUUUACGUUGUGUACAGUAUGUACACCAUCAAUAAAAGGAAAGUUACAACCACAAAUCAAACAAUUCAGUCAGGUUUAACCCCUGAAAAUAAAGAAAGGGUUAACUAAUCGGACAACUUGGAAAAACAGACCAAAACCACGUCCUUAUGGUCUGAAUAACUAACUGCUCUUUUAACUCCUCCAGCUGUUAGGACACUGAGAUGGUUAGCGCUGAACACCGAUUGUUCCUAAGACAAAACAUAAGAAAAAUUCAAAUUCUUAAAGAGAAAGUUCUUAAAAAUCAUGAUAAAUAUCUUCUUUAAGUCAGGAUAACUGCCAUCUUGUCGUGGAUCCCCAAAAGGUAAGAUUUUUUAUUAAUUUAUUGGGUUGUUUCAUAUGUUAAACAUUUACAAAAUUCUAAAACUUGCAACAUAUAAUAAAUACUGUAUAAUUACUACACUAUUUUGUUUGCAAUUGUUUUAUAUCCCAUUAGAGCAGAGGGAAUUUCCUGAUAUUUUUUUUUUUAACAAAAGUUCAAAAGGUUAAACAAUAAAGACAAUUUUUCACAGCCCUCUUUGUUCAUAUUUACCAAGGGUGUCAAUAGUAGUGGAGGGCACUGUAUAUUCCUGUUAUACAACAAUAAUUUGUCAACAAUUAAAAUGUUACAGUUUUUAUUAGUUUAUAUGUUUUGGAACAUCUGCGAAAUAGUUGGUUCCUGCUUUGAAUUUUGAAGCUUUUAAAGUUUUUACAGAACUUGGAAUGCAAGAAAACUUGCUGGCUGUUAGAAAUGUUAAAUAAACAUUAGUCCAUAGUCCAUUUUUGUUGGUUUUUCUUUUGUAUUUUCCCACCUACUGGCUGUGUGUGUGUUUUCAUAAUUGAAUUUUAUGCUUUCUUCAAUUCUCUGUAGGUU